AUGGCACUCUCAACGCGCGCCCUUGAGCUUUCCAAGCCCGAUCCUGGCUUCAUGCUCUGGGAAAUUGUGCAAACCUUUUGGGAUCCAGCCACCAACCCCGCUGGGUUCGUCAAUCUUGGUCUUGCAGAAAACACCAUAAUGCACGACACUCUCAGAGAGCACAUCCAGGCCAAUUUCUCCGCACGGAACCAGGACUUCACCUAUGGUGAUAGCAAGAAGAUAUUACGGAAAGUUCUCUCCCGGUUUUGGAACGAGUAUUUUCAACCAUUUGUUCCCGUGGAACCUUGCCACUUCACCAUUACAGAUGGCUGUAGCUCUGCUCUGGGGCAUCUCGCAUGGAGUCUCGGGAACCCGGGAGAUUACUUCUUACUCGGUCGUCCUUAUUACUACACAUUCAUCGCGGAUAUCACGUACCGUAUGUCUACGGAUAUCGUCGAUCCGGCACUUGUACACGUCAUAUGGGGCACCUCGAAGGACUUCGGUGCGAAUGAACUCCGCCUCGGAAUGAUCGUCUCCCAGUCCGAUCCUAGCUUACAUGCCGCGUUGGUUCCCGUCUCCCUGUACAGCUCUUCCUCGUCUCUCACGGAACAAGCUGUAGCCAAUUUCUUAGGCGAUGAUGUGUGGGUCGAAAAGUUCAUUAAAGCAAACCGACAAUUUGUUGCCCAGAAUCACGAACACGUUGUACAUUGGGCUCGAGAAAACAGCAUUCCAUACGCCACAGGCACAAAUUCCACUUUCUUUCUGUGGGUGACUCUUGGUUUCGCACUUCAAAAAGACCAUGUGGUUUGCCCGGAGUUAGAGCAAGAGAUUAUGGACGCUUUGCUGCUGAAGAAGGUAUUUCUGAUGGCAGGCAAACAGUUCGUCUCCAAACAACCGGGGUGGUUUAGGAUAGUCUUUUCUCAUCCCCAGCGGGUGUUGGACGAGGGCUUAAAUUGGAUCACUUCUGCUUUGAAUAAUAUCCACUAG